AUGAGAGGCAAUCACAUGGCAGUUGCGACUUUGCAGCGUUCACAAGAGCAGAUCAGGUUUCACAAUAUCAUUCAACAGUUCCUUCCUAAAGACCAAGCUUUUCUUUUCUUGGGAGAAAACCCAAAGCAAAGCAAGUUUCCCGCUAUUCUCAUAUUUGGUGAUUCAACGGUCGACACAGGCAACAACAAUUACAUAACUACCCCUAUCAAAGCCAACCAUUACCCUUACGGAAAAGACUUCCCGGGUCGUACCCCCACAGGCAGAUUUUCAAACGGGAAGCUAGCUGUCGACUUGUUGGCGUCUCUCCUAGGGGUAAAACAGACAAUUCCACCCUUCCUACAGCCAGAUAUCCCCGCCAAUGAACUGCGUACAGGUGUCUGUUUUGCUUCAGCUGGAACCGGAUACGAUAACCUCACCGCCGACAUCACUCGAGUUUUACCACUGUCUCAACAACUCAUUUAUUUCAAGAACUACACACAGAUGCUCAACAAGAUAUUCGGAAAAGAAGAAGCAGAGAGAAUCAUAAACCAUGCUUUGGUGAGUGUUAGCGCAGGCACCAAUGACUUUAUUUUCAACUUCUAUGACAUUCCAACAAGAAGAACCGUAUUCGACAUCAAUAAUUACCAAGAAUUCAUCAUACAAAUGCUCCAUAACUUCAUUAAGGAGCUUUACAAACUCGGUAGUCGUACACUGGUAAUAACCGGGCUUCCUCCUAUUGGUUGUCUACCGAUUCAAAUCACAUCCAAGUUUCACAGACGAUUUGGAAGAACAUGUGUUGAGGAACAGAAUGUGGAAGCUCAAGCCUAUAACAAGAAGCUUCUACAAUUCUUGCCUCGUAUACAGACGUCUCUUAAAGGAAGUAGAAUCGUAUAUGCAGAUGUAUACAACCCACUGAUGGAUAUUAUUAAUAAUCCUGAAAAAUACGGUUUUCGUGAAACGAUGAUUGGAUGCUGUGGGACAGGGUUGGUGGAGGCGGGGCCUAUAUGCACCCCAGUGACGCCACUAUGUCAAAACUCUUCUGAAUAUUUGUUUUUUGAUAGUAUUCAUCCUAGUGAAAAAGCUUAUGGCUAUGUUACUGAAUGCAUCAAGAAACAAAUCCUUGAAAAGUUGUAGAAUGAAAAUAAAUACACA